CCUCAUGUUAAACCAAGGAGAGGAAUCAGAAACACAACAGAUCAAUAAUUACCAACAAAACAAAUUUAAAAUCAAUUAAAGUGAGGUGUUGAUGGACAGACAGAUAAAUAAACAUAAAUAUAUAAUAAACUGAAAUGAUUUUAUUAUACAUUACAAUUCAGUUAAAACAAGAAUCUGUCAUUCAUUCAAGCUUUGUUUAACUCUCUUAGAAUCACAGCCUCAUCCUCAACAGAAUCAAAAUAAAAAAAAUCUCCUCAGACUUUAACAGCUUCAGUUUACGAUCACCACAUCUUCAGGGUUGUUGCGAGCGGACCAAUCAGCAGCCGACGCUCUUCGGUUCAUGCCAUAAACCCAGCCAAUGACAGAGACACCUGCAGGAUAACUUUACAGGUGUGUCAAGCUGCUUUCAGCUUCAGACUGAUUUCUAAAUGAAUUAUUUCCUCUUCAGAUGCUCUGAAGUCAGCAGGAGGAGAUGUCAGACGCAGCUGAUCAAUAAUAAUGAUUGAUCUGAUCCGAUUCCUGAUGAAGAUGCUGCACUGCUCCUUUACUGAGAGGACACAGAAGAUGUCCAUUGAGCCUCUGACAUCACAGAGUCAACCAUCAGUAACCAAUGAAGAUGUGACUGUGGUGACAAACUGUCACUUUGUUCACUUCGCUUCACGUCAGCUGCUGGGAAAUUUUCUGCUGCUGUGUUGGUAGUAACCACUUCCUGUUCGCCUGAACCAACCGUUUGUGUUCUGACGUCAGGAAUCUGGUUUCUUCUGGUUUCCGGAUUGUGUGUGUGUGUUUGUGUGUCUGUGUGUGCACUUGUACAUCAGACCAUCAGGUGUCAGCCAUCAUCGGGUCAGAAUACAAACUGCCACAAAUAUUUUUAGACGUUUGUGUAAACAGGAAAUGAAACGAUCAGACUUGUGAACCUGAAGUUAAGUUUUAGGUGUGUGUGUGUGUGUGUGUGUGUGUGUAGGUCAGGGUCAGCUGACCUCUGUGUGUUUCAGGACUCUUCCUGACCCCCUACUCUCUGCUGAUGCAGCUGAAAUUGAACUCUGUGUUUCCAUGAGAACAAAGGCUUCGUCACCGCAGCAACACAAACAGCCCCUGAACAAAGGCAGCCAUGUUUCCAGAACGCCGUCCUCCAAUAAAUCCCAGCGCUGAGCGGCGCCGAGCGGUUUGACACUGGGAGCUCCUGAGCAUCAUGCCUCUGCCCCGACGCCACUCAUCCUUCCUGGGACAGCCGUCCUGUGAACGUCCGGCCUCCACCUCCUGCAGUCGGAUCAGCACGGCUGGAACUGCCGCCCCACGAGGCGUCUAUGUGGGCUCCAGCCCCUCUGUGGGCGGGGCCUCCUGCCUGGGGACACGGGUGUCGCGGCGGGCUCUGGGUAUCAGCAGUGUGUUCCUGCACGGGAUGAGGAGCAGUGCGGCACCAGUUCUCCCCCGAGCCAGCGAGCGGGCAGCGGGUCACGGUGCGGCGGCGGCGGGACUGAACAGCUGUCUGAUGGAGUACAGAGACAAAGUGAGGGCACUGGAACAGCUGAACCAACAGCUGGAGGAGCAAAUCCGUCUCUGUCUGGACCGCAAAGCAUCCAGUGUCGGAGCCUGGGGGCCACUCAGGAGGGACUGGGAGGACAUCUACAGGCAGGUCAGUGAAGCCAUCCUGGAUAAUGCUCGUCUGAUGCUGCAGACAGAAAAUGUUCAGGCCAACGCUGAGGACUUCAAGGAGAGGUACGAGAACGAGCAGCCAUUCAGGAAGGCGGUGGAGGAGGAGAUUAGCUCUUUGUACAAAGUGAUCGACGACGCCAACCUGACGAAGGCUGAGCUCGAAGAGCAGAUGGAGAACAUGAGAGCUGAGUUACACAACCUGGAGCACAAUCAUGAGCAGGAUGUGCGAGUCCUUUACAAUCAAAUGGCAGGACGUGAAGUGGAUGAACCUGACGCACCCAUAGAAACCAGUCUGGACCAGAUCUUGGCCUACAUCAGGAGCCACUGGGAGAAGGUGACGGAGAGGAAUCGAGCUGAGACUGACAGCUACCUGGAGUGUAAGGAGUCGCAGUGUGUGAGCAGCAGACUGAGUCCUGAGGAGGAGCAGGUGGAGGCGCUGAAGGCCGAAUGUAAUGACACAGGCUGUAAGAUCCAUAGUCUGCAGGCCGAGACCGAAUCCAUCAGGGCUCUGAAAAGAGGUCUGGAGAACUCCCUGGGCGACGCUCAGCACUGGCACGACAUGGAGGUGCAGAAUCUGGGCUCAGUGGUGGCCAAGCUGGACGCGGAGCUGUCCGAUGUGCGUAGUGAGAUUGAACAGCAGCGUCGUGACUACGACACGCUGCUGAGCAACAAGCAGCGCCUGGAGCAGGAGAUCGGCAUGUACCACGGAAUCCUGGACGGAGAGGAGAGCCGCUUCCAGCCCGCAGAGAUGCCGUGUCCAGGACUACAUUCAGAGCCUGAGGGAGCUGCCAGUGUUAGUACUGCUCUGGACUCCAGGACUGACAAUACAGGACCUCCAGGACCUCCAGGACAUUGAUCCUAGCGGAGGGCCAGAGGAGCAGACUCAAGUCCAGCAGAGACUUUCUGGAUGUUUGAGUUUAUUCAGAUAAACGUAGACUCCGUGAGGUUGGAUGGGUCUCUGCUGGAGGAUUUUCUACCUGGUGACGUGCGCAGGUCUGAAUGAUGCCGAGAACCUGCAGGAAGCCCAGAGGCAGCGGUCAGAGUGAUGUCAGUCAGGGUCUGAAGUCAUGCGAUCUGAGCAUGAAUGUGAUGUGAUAAAGAUCAAUCCUCAGUUACAUGCCCGAGGUCCCAACCUGGACUGGUCCUUAAGUGCAGGCUAUUGAAGAUCCUGGUUCUGGAUUAGUCCAGCUUCUGUGUGGUCAAGAUGAGACAUUUUGUUAUGAUGCCAUGUCAACAGCACAAGAUGUUAUGAGAAGAUUCUGAUUCAGGUUAGCCAGUUCCCAGAACAGUCCAGACUGCAGAGGGUUCUGCAUCAACUGCAUUAGCUUUAACUGGACGCUACAGAACCAGAAAAGGACACGUGCAGUCAGCUGCAUGACAACUGAACCCAGAAGACUCUCAAAUGCUUCAUUACACUGCGUUUAUGCUGUGAGUGAUGGACAGACUGUCAUAUUUAUAUUAUCUUCAUAUUUACGACUUCAGUCAGUUGAUUGAGGGAUACAAAGUAUAACAAAACAAAUUUUGUCUGAAUUUCACUAAACGAAGGUUGUUUAUCUGCUCAUCUGUUUUCAGAUGUUAGUGUCAGUGAGUGGUGAGUCAGAACUUACCUUCAGAAGUUUGCUUUAAGUGAACAAAGUCUCCAAGUCAGACUCUUUACUUUAUAACAUUACCUGUACGCAGCACUAAAGUCUGCCACUUCACUGAUGCCUUUCAUGUGGCAUUAACACCUCAACACACCUGGGAGACACGCUGAGGUCACGUGAUCAGUUCAUGACUUAAUGAGUUGACAAGGGUCACCUGAAUGAUGUUAAACUAGGAAUCAGCUCACAAAGGAUUGUGGGAUACUGACGACUUGUGAGACAGCAGCUGAAUGAAUGCAACACACCUCACAAAGUUGUGGUGACAGGUGUGCAGCAGGUGACAGCAGGUGAUGCAGGGCUCAGUAAAACAUACUUCCAUCAACUUCAGCAUUAUUUGUUUGACUUCUGAUCAACAAAGCACUUGACUGAUUCAGUGUUUUUGCGGUAACUGAUUGAUUGAGAAAAUAAAAGCAUCUGAAAGUGA